ACACACACACACACUCUCACACUCUCUGUUUCAUUUCUCUUUCUCACUCGUUCCUAUUCCGUUUAGUUGAUUCGUUCUCCCUCGCUCCCGGGUGUCUUCGCGUUCGUCCGCCGAGAUUUAUUCGCGUCGCGGAUCAUUCGAUCGUGUCCGAGUGUGCUGGCCGCGUGUUUCGCCAUCGUCGUGCACGUGUGCUAUGUUCACCGAGAAAAACGUGAUCGACCCCACGUCCCGUUCGCAGUUCCGAUCGCCGUGGAUCUCGAAUCCGGAUCGGCGAAACUUGGUGCGCGCAGUCGGCGAUAGAGAAAUAGUGCAGCGUCAAGGAGACCAAUGCAGUGGCUCUUCCCCGGUGUCAAGAUCCACAAGUGACGCAAGUUCGGACAUGAACUUCGGCUGAUUUCGUCUACGAUCCGAUCACAAUUUCGCUCCGCUUCCUCCGCCGUGCAGAUACGCACUUGUGCCGCUGUGUGUUACCACCGACGACUAUCUUUGAAAACGUAGUGCACUCGCGCAGACAGUGUUCGAGCCCCCUAGGCUCCGUAGAAAGUCGCUGCGUUCGUUCCAUCGAGGUUCGAGCACGGCAUAGAGAAGUCGAUGAGACUGAAAGUGAAGCUGGUCUCGAGUGACUCGAAUCGCGGCCCUCAAAAUUUGUUCGAAGUGCAGUGAUGAACACCACGGCGACGCGACUCCGCUGAUUCUAUUAAUUCCGGGAACUGCUGCAGCGCCCACAGUUGCAGAGACGUUGGUGCAUUCGGAGAGAAAUCAGGAAUCAACGAAACGACCAAAGAGAGGCGCAGUGAACGAUACCAAAUCGAUACCAAAAGGUGCGUAGAAGAGACCCGGAAAGCCGACCGGUCGUUCGUUUUCCAUUUUCGAAAUGACGCGACGAGAGUGUCGCUCGCGGUCCGCUUGAACGUGCGUGUGCUACCCGUUUGUGAACGGUUCGCGCUGCCAGAGGAGUAAAAGUGACGAGCGAACAGAGAAAUAUCAAGACUGCCAGGAUGAUGAAGAAGGAGAAGCCGAUGAUGUCGGUUACCGCCAUCAUCCAGGGGACUCAGGCCCAGCACUGGUCGCGAGGCAACACUUGGUUGAGUCUGGACAACAGCAACAUGUCCAUGUCGUCGGUGGGCCCGCAGAGUCCUCUCGACAUGAAGCCGGACACAGCUAGCCUGACCAACGCAGGCAAUUUCAGUCCUUCCGGGCCCAAUAGCCCAGGAUCCUUCAACGCUGGUUGUCACAGCAACCUUCUGAGCACGUCGCCGAGUGGUCAGAACAAGGCAGUCGCACCCUAUCCGCCGAACCACCCUCUCUCCGGCAGCAAGCACCUGUGCUCGAUUUGCGGUGAUCGCGCCAGCGGGAAGCACUAUGGCGUCUACAGCUGCGAGGGUUGCAAGGGGUUCUUCAAGAGGACCGUGCGCAAGGACUUGUCGUACGCGUGCCGGGAGGAGAAAUCCUGCAUCAUCGACAAGAGGCAGCGGAAUCGGUGUCAGUACUGCAGAUAUCAGAAAUGCUUGGCGAUGGGGAUGAAGAGGGAAGCGGUACAGGAGGAACGUCAGCGUACCAAGGAACGGGAUCAGAGCGAGGUGGAGAGCACGAGCAGCUCCCAAUCCGACAUGCCUAUCGAGCGUAUCCUGGAGGCUGAGAAACGAGUCGAGUGCAAGAUGGAAUCGCAAGAAAACUACGAGAAUGCAGUGUCGCGCAUCUGCGACAAUCAGCUGUUCCAGCUGGUAGCGUGGGCGAAACACAUCCCGAAUUUUACGUCGUUGCCACUGGAGGAUCAGGUGUUGCUGCUGAGGGCCGGGUGGAACGAGCUGUUGAUCGCCUCUUUCUCCCACCGGUCUAUCGAAGUGAAGGAUGACGGUAUCGUGUUGGCCACGGGAAUCACCGUCUACCGAGACUCGGCGCACCAGGCUGGCGUGGGCACGAUAUUCGACCGAGUCCUAUCCGAGCUUGUGUCGAAAAUGCGCGACAUGAAGAUGGACAGGACUGAACUUGGCUGUCUCAGGGCUAUUAUUCUCUUCAACCCCGAGGUACGAGGGCUGAAGUCGAUACAAGAAGUGUCAAAGCUGCGAGAGAAAAUCUACGCGACCCUGGAGGGUUACUGUCGCAUGGCCUGGCCCGAAGACCCAGGCCGAUUCGCAAAAUUGUUGCUACGCUUGCCAGCGAUCCGAUCGAUCGGUCUGAAGUGCCUGGAGCACUUGUUCUUCUUCAAGAUCCACGUGCCGAUCGACGAGUUCCUCGUGGAGAUGCUGGAGUCACCGACAGACCCUUAGGAGCAGAAGGUGUGCCGCGUGUUGGGGCACACCGACCUUUGAGAGAACAAGAAACUAUAAAUAUAUACAUAUAUAUAUA